GACGCAUCUCUCUCUCUCUAAACAGUUUCUUCAACUUUCUCUCUCUAACUGCAAGUCAUGGCGGCUACUGGAAGAAGAUCAAACGGCUCGUCAGUUCUAUACCCUCACUCUUCUUCCCACCGUCAUCAAAGAUCGGCGUCUCCAUGCAACAUCAACCUCCGUCUAAAGAGGUUCUCCCUCGGGAACAGCCCUAACCCUAACCCUCCCUCCUCCGCCGCGGCUUCGAAUCAGAAGCGGAAGUGCUCGUGCUCCCCGACGACGCACCCCGGAUCGUUCCGCUGCGGUUUUCACCGCCGAUUGGAGAACGAGAAGAUCAAAGCCCUAGCUUCGUCGAAGAGUGGUGAUUCGGGGCUGUAUCUGAGAAAAUUGGCUCUGGCGAAUUCGCUGGCGAGGAUCGGGAGCGUGGAGGAGGAGCGGUUUAGGAAGUAUCUGACGGAGAGUAUUGUUAAACCGUCGUCUCUCCUUAUCCGCCGUCGUUUUGAGUUCAGGCCGCGGCUUAGCCGCUUCUACGUGAUGCAUAAAGAUCCGAAAGAUUAGAAUAAAUAGUAAUAAUCUAGGUUUUUUUUUUUAGAAAUUGGCUUUUUUUUUUAUAAUUUGUUUCUUGCGUGUGAAGGAACUAUGUUUUGGUGUUCCUUGGCGCGGUGUAUCGAAGUUUGUGUGCAUUGUACAUGAUGAUGACAUCACUAGGACGUGUUCUUGAUUUGGUUUCUUAAAUUUUUCAUUAGAAACUUUGUUAAUCUGAGUCAUUUAAACUCUGAUCCUCUGCGUUCGCUAA